UCCCAAUAUCUGCUCCCCUUGGCCCUGACUGCUGAAAAUUGCAGUGAUUGACCCAAAAGUUGCCCACAAUGCAGAGAGAAAGCAGAAGAUACCUUGAUGGCCAAUUGCCAUCACUGUCCAAGACAUAAUGGAUUUUCUAUAAGACUUCACGUUGCAUCUGCCAGAUCUGGAAGAGAAUUGAAGUGGCUGAAGGUUCUUCUCUUGCUAAAUCUCAGGUUUCUAUGGGAGACCAUGGUCAAUGGAUCAGAGGAAACUCCUCUUCCAGUGGCUGCAGCACCGGGGGCUGAACUGCUACAUGUACGCACCCAAGGAUGAGCUGAAGCACCGGCUGCUCUGGAGAGAGCCCUACACAGAGCAUGAGGCAGCCCGCAUGCGGUCUCUCAUCGAGGCUGCCCAAGAGCAGGGCGUGGAGUUUAUUUUCGCCGUUUCUGCUGGCCAGGACAUGGUGUUUUCCAGCGCUGGGGAUCGCCUCCUGCUGCAGCAAAAACUCAGGCAGGUGGCUGCCGUGGGGUGCCGCUCCUUCGCGCUGCUCUUCGACGACAUCGACCCCUGCAUGUGCCAAGCUGACAGAGAUGUCUUCCCCUCCCUGGCACAGGCUCAGGCCUCUGUGGCCAACGAGGUGUACCAGGAGCUGGGCCAACCCUCCAUCUUCCUCUUCUGCCCUACAGAAUAUUGCAGCUCGCUCUGCUCUCCCAGCCCCAGCCAGUCCUGCUACCUGCAGACCAUCGGCCAGGAGCUGCUCCCAGGGAUCGCUGUCAUCUGGACAGGCCCCAAGGUGGUGUCCCAGGAGCUCUCAGCAGAGCUGCUGGAGGAGGUGGAGGCUGUCCUGAGGCGCCGCCCCGUCAUCUGGGACAACCUCUACGCCAACGACUACGACUGCAGGCGCGUCUUCCUGGGCCCCUACAUGGGCCGAGCUCCUGGCCUCACCUCCAGGCUCCAGGGGCUGCUCCUCAACCCCAACUGCGAGCUCCAGGCCAACUUCAUCCCCAUCCACACGCUGGGCACCUGGUUCCAGAGCGAGCUGGGCAGCUGUGCCCACCCUGACCGUGCAGGAAUGGAGGGAGCCCUGGAAGACAGCCAAGGUGCUCAGGAUGGAAGCUACAGCCCCCAGGAAGCCUUGGAGCUGGCUCUGCGGGACUGGGUGGCUGAGAUAAACCAGCAGGCUUUGGAGGCAGGAGGAAGGACCUCAGGACACCCCAGUGUCAGCCUCAAGGGAGGACCAAAGCUGCAGCCUGGCACGGCAGGAGGACAGGAGGUCACUCCCGACCCUCAGCCCCACAGCUCGGCUCCUGGUGGGGCAGAUCAGCACAGCCCUGAGCCCUGUGGAGUGGCACCAGAGGAGGGGUGCAGGGAGGUGACCUCAGAGCCUGAUCAGGACAGUGGGAACAGGACACCCACGGGCCAUCAGCAGAGCCCUACAAGGGCUGGGGACCAGCUCACCUCAGGGAGCUGUGAGCCCCCCUGUGCUGUGCCCAGCGUGGCUGGCAGUGCCCAGUCUGCAGGAGUCCCAGUGGCCACCAAGACCCUCCCCAGCCCAAGCCCCACCAGGAGCUCCAGCAGUCAGAACGUUUCCUUGCCCACCAGGGAUGCCAGGACAGGGAAUGGCAGGCCCGUCCUGUCCCCCAGCAGCACCCAGCCUGAGGCCACCAGGACUGAUGUGCCCCAGACACCCCCAGGGCCUGGGGCUGGUGCCAGCCCUGCUGCCCCAGCCCCACUGAGUGAGGUUGGUGCCAGCCCUGGUCCCAUGGCACCAGUGACCCCAGAGGAGGCUGGGCCUGGCCCCAUGGCACCGCUGCCCCCCAAGGAGGCCACAACCAGCUCCCCAGCACAGGUGACCCCAGAGGAGCCCAGGACCAGCCCCAUGACCCCCAAAGAUGCCAGGACCAGCCCCACAGCAAAGAUGACCCCAGAGGAGGCCAGGACCAGUCCCAUGGCACCUGUGACCCCAGAGAAGGCUGAGUCUGGCCCCAUGACCUCCACGGAGGCCGGGACCAGCCCCACAACCCAGGUGACCCCAGAAGAGGCCAGGACCAGCCCCCCAUCCCAGGUGACCCCAGAGAAGGCCAGGACCAGCCCCCCAUCCCAGGUGACCCCAGAGGAGGCCAGGACCAUCCCCACAGCCCAGAUAACCCCAGAGAAGGCUGAGUCUGACCCCAUGACUCCCAAAAAGGCCGGGACCAGCCCCCCAUCCCAGGUGACCCCAGAGGAGGCCAGGACCAGCCUCACGGCACCGAUGACCCCAGAAGAGGCUGAGUCUGACCCCAUGGCACCGAUGAUCCCAAAGGAGGCCAGAGCCAACCCCACAGCACCCCUGAGCCCAGAGGAGGCCGUGUCCAGCCCUACGGCACCCCUGAGCCUGGAGGAGGUGCGGAUGCUGGUGGAGCUCUUCUACCUGCCCUACCACCACGGGGCUCUGGCCCAGGAACUCCUGGAGCACUUUCGGUGGCUGCGAGCAAACAGCCUCAGCGUGGGGGUCCCGGCCACGGCGCCUGAUGCCUGCGGGGGCAGGCGGUGGCGGGGCCGGGCUCAGUCCUUCCAGCUGCUCUGCGCACGGACGUGCCGCCUGCACAGCCGCUUGGUCAGCACGGCCAGCAGGGAGCUGCUCUACGACCUGCACCCCUACCUCUGGGACAUCCGCAACAUGCUGCUGGCCGCCGGUGCCUUCGUCCUGUGGCUGGAUGGUCACCUCCUGUGCGACCCUGACCCCAAGGGCACCUGGGGGAGCUGCUUUGGCUGGUGCCAGAGCAUCACUGCCCCCAUGCUGCUGGGGAGGGACGCCGAGCCCUGGGCGCGCCGUGGGGGCCUCGUUGGGGAGCUGCAGGCACUGCUGCCCGUGGGGAACAGCUGUGACCUCUUCUACCAUCCACCCCCGCUCUUCCCGUCCAGCCAGCUGUACCUGCUGCGCCCGCUGCUGCCCCUGGAUAAGGGAGAGCUUUACCGCAUGUGCCGGGAGAGUUUGGACUGUGAUCCCAAAGUGGCAGAGAUCCUCGUGGCCCACCCGGAUCUCCUCGGUGACAGGCUCCUGGGCAGCUUCCUCAGCCUGAGCCCGGAGUACACCUUUGUGCUGGAGGAUGAGGAUGGCCCCUGUGGCUACGCAGCCGGAGCGCUCCACGCCGAAGGCUUCCUGCAGCAGCGAGACAGCAGCUGGCUGCCGGCCAUCCGGCACAAGUACCCCCCAGAGCUGGGCACAGCGGGGCCAGCUCUGGGACAGGAUGCCCUGGAGGAAGCAGUGCUCUUCUUCCACUCAGAGCCACUGGCAGUGCCCCAGCCCGUGCUGAGGCGCUUCCCCUCCCUGGUACAGCUGGGCACAGCCCCCCGUGUGCUGGAUGUGGGGGCCAGCCGCAGCCUGGCCCUCUGCCUGCUGAGUGCACUCAGAGCCAAUGGCUCACGGGGAGUGUUCUGCCAGGUCAGCGACGCCGACCGGCAGCAGCUGAGCUUCUACAGCAAGCUGGGCUUUGUCGCCCUGCCGGUGGCCUGGGGCAGCUCUCCCGGCUCUCAGCUCCUGGGACGUCUCCUCUGAUGGGGCACAGGGAGGCAGUGCCCCAGGCCAGGCUGGUUCCCGGGCCGGGCUGAACCCCCCAUCCCACACAGCAUUGGCCUGAGCAAGCGGGAGCAGCGGGGCACCUCGAGCAGGCCAGGUACACGUGAGAGGGGACAUGGGGGCAGGCAGGAUGUCACUGGGAUGUGUGCAGGGCUGUCAGAUACCUGGGUAGCAGAGAGAUAUUGCUGCUACUGAGGGGAUUCGGCCACCUCUGUGCCACCCCAGCUGCUGCUGUUUGCUGGGUGCCCAGGCCAGCAGAGCCUCAGGCCUGCAGGAGCUCGUGAGCAGCGUUUGGGUUUGUGAUCCUGGGGCACAGCACGGUGCCUUCGUGCCACAAGAGUGUCCCCAUCACGCAGGCUGGGCUGCCCAGCUCUCUCCAUCCCCUGUGUGGCCUGAGACUGGGUGGUCAGUGCUGGGGCUGGCCCUCGGCACUGAAGAUCUGCUUGUCUGUAUGGAUUGAUAUGGGAUGCGGUGAGGCAGCCUCUGUUUUUGUGCCUGGGGCCUGAGGGAAGCGCUGUCCUUGGCAAU